AUGCUGCUGUCCCUCGUCACGGCGGUGGCCACCUUUCUGCUGUGCGCCUGGAUCGCGCGCAUACUUACGCGCCCCAUCGCACACAUGCACUGGCUUCUGCAAGAUAUGCACGACGCCUUUGCGUUCACGGACCCCCACGUCAUCGUGGCAUUUGUGGUAGGGCUGGCGUGCUCGGCUGCGCUGCUGUACCGGUUCGGCGCCUUUCAGACGCCGCCGGCGCUCCAUCAGAACGAAUGGCGCGCAUUCAAGCUCAUGGAGCGCACACGCGUGUCGCACUCGUCCAGCGUGUACCGCUUUGCGAUCCCGCACCAGUUGGGCCUCCCGAUCGGACAGCACGUGUCCAUUCGCGCGUCCAUCGACGGCAAGCCCAUGGUCCGGUCCUACACACCCAUCUCGGACCAUACUGAGACUGGGCACGUCGACUUUCUCGUCAAGACGUACGAGAAGGGCAACGUGUCGCGCGCCUUCGAUCGCCUCCAGCUCGGCGAGAGCCUCGACAUGAGAGGGCCCAAGGGCCGCUUUACCUACGCACGCAACAUGGCUCAGCAGAUCGGCAUGAUCGCUGGCGGCACGGGCAUUACGCCGUGCCUCCAGAUCUUGCGUGCGGCCCUGCGCGACCCGAAGGACAAGACGCAGUUCUCGCUGCUCUACGCAAACGUGUCCGAAGACGAAAUCUUGCUGCGUGAUGAACUCACAUCGCUGCAAGACACAUACCCGCACCGAUUCUCUGUGCACUACUUCCUUAAUACGCCGCCGCCCACGGGCUGGACCGGCGGCGUCGGGUUCAUUACGCGCGAGGCCAUCGCCCAGCACCUCCCGCCCGCCAGCGCCGACAGCCGCAUCCUCAUGUGCGGCCCACCACCCAUGAUGGAGGCCAUGAAAAAGCACCUGUCCGCUCUGCAAUUCCCCGUCUCAGCAGGCGUGUACAAGGACACGGACCAAGUGUUUGUCUUUUAG